AUGCAGUUCAUCAACAUCAUCAUCUACCUUACUGCCCUGGGCGUCGUUGCCAAUGCCCAGUUCGAGAAGCGCUCUUGCGUAGCUAGCUACACAGUUUCCUGCCAGUCAGGUGGAGACCCUUGCUGCGACGGUUGGCAAUGUGUUGGUGCCACUGAGUGGAACGACGGUGUUUGCAUUUUCAACUACUAG